UUGACGAAGCCGGAUUACAACGACGACAAUAGGGAGAGAGCUGUCUCCUGGUCCGAUCGCUCUGGAGACCGUGAGGAGGGGUAUCGCCAGCACAACCUCAAGGGCUCCAAAGCCUUGUACUUUGCUCAGUGUGGCGAAGAAAACGAGACCUGGCUCCCUCUUCUCGAGAAAGCAUAUGCCAAAGCUCAUGGAGAUUAUGAAGCAAUUGACGGUGGCUUGACGGGAGAGGGCAUCGAGGACCUUACGGGUGGAGUAACAACGACGCUCUUCACUAACGACAUACUGGACAGAGAAGUCUUUUGGCAGAACCUGUUGCGAGUCAACCAAGAUCAUCUCUUUGGAUGCUUUACGGGUUGUCUACACAGUGGCGCGGCCGACAGCCGAUCUGGGAUUUUUGAGGGACACGCAUAUUCCGUCCUGAAAGUCGUUGAGGUGAAGGGAGAGCGUUUGGUUUUGCUGCGCAACCCGUGGGGCAACUCUGAGUGGACUGGACCUUGGGGGGACGGCACAAAGGAAUGGACGCCGGAAUGGAUGCAGUUGUUAGGCCAUCGCUUUGGUAACGAUGGGGUCUUUUGGAUGUCUUACAAAGAUCUCCUUCGUAUCUUUGAUUCAUGGGAUAUCACUCGCCUCUUCGACUCCGAUUGGAAGACCACUCAAGUGUGGACGACCAUUGAGGUCCCCUGGACAGCAGACUAUCACAGUACGAAGUUUGAGAUGACUGUCAGCAAGGCUGGACCUCAUGUCAUCGUCUUGUCACAGUUAGAUGAUCGGUAUUUUCAAGGAUUGGAAGGCCAGUAUAUAUUCUCGCUUCAGUUUAGGUUGCACAAGAAAGCCGACGAUGACUACAUUUUGCGAAGCCAAAGCUGGAUGUUUAGCACUCGCAGCGUGAACGCUGAGGUUGAUCUUGAGCCUGGUACUUAUACGGUGCUAAUCAAAGUCACCGCAACUAAAUGUGCAUCUCCAAAACCAGUCGAGGAGGUCGUACGUCUGACGUACAGGGAGAAGCCAGCGAAGCUUAUACAGAUUGGCUUGAGCUAUGACCUUGCGCAUGCCAAGGGUCAGCCUGUGCCUCGUUCACCGGAGGAACAGAAAAAGGUGGACGCAGCUGCCAAGGCCGCGAAGAAGGAAGAGAAACGCGCCCUGAAGCGCCAGGAAAAGGAAAAGAAAAAGAAAGCUCUGGCAAAGCAAGCGAAGAAGCAACAGAAGAAGCGUGAGAAGGCCGGGAAGAAAGGAAAGAAGACCGGCACGGACAUGAAGAGCAAGUGGGAAUCUAAGAAGGAGGAAGUUGCAGAGAGCCAGGAUGCCUCCUCCACCAAACCCGCCGAUCCUGCGCCCGAAGACGACAGUGAAUAUCACAAAGUCUCAGCCCCGGUUAGUCCCGUCACGGCUACGUCUGCACAUGCUGUCAAGGCUGGAGACCAGGAACCCGAGGAUCCACAGCUUGAAGACCAGAAGGCCGAGUGAUACCUCCGGGUCCAACUCGGACUCAGACAGCGAUUCUAGCGAUUCCGACACUGACACUGAAGGUCAAACCGUUGUCAACCAGCCUGAAGCUGCCCAAGAAGAGGUGGAGAAGGACGAGAUUGAGAAGUGGCCCUGGAACGCUGUUGGUGUGGUCGGUCUCCGUGUCUACUCUCAGUCAUCUGCAGUCACGCUCGAAGUCAAGGUUGGCGAGGAAGGUGAAAAGGCUCCGCUCGACAUGGACGAUUCGGCUAAGGAUGCCCACGAGAAGGGGAAGGAUGCUCCUGAAGAUGAGGCAGAGAAGUCAUCAAGUACGUAGUUCACCCCAUAUAGCACUGUUAGGCUUUUUUGGAUAGCCCUAUAGCGCUAUAAUUUCUAUUCAUUCUGAUAUUGAAUCAAUAGCCGACAUAUCUG